CUUCUUCUUCCUCCUCCUUCAACACCGUGUCUCUCUCUCUCUCUCUGUGUGUGUGUUUCUCUCCGAGUCACUCUCUCCAUUAACUGCAGGGUCUCAUAAGGAGAAGACCAGGGUGGGGAACGCAACUCAGCGCUGUAACCAGCCGGAUAUACAACGCAGCUUAAAAUGAUGUCCCGAGAUUAGCUGACUCUGUCGACUGAAGCCAGUGAGAAGGAGGGAAGGCAUGCUACUACUGUGACUGCGUCUGAGAAAUGGUAGACCCCAAAGAACAGCCGACCAAGAAGCGCCGACUAUUGGUUUGCAGCAUUGGACAGACAAACAAAGAAAUGGUGCCUCAAAGUGGGUCACCAGAUCAAGCAAUGGAAAUGGACACAGAUGAACAGGAGCAGCAGACAGAGAGUCCAACAGUGGAGGAUCCUACUUUCUGGACUAUGUGUGAUAAGUGCGGUGUGAGAUACAAAUACUAUAUGAUUGUCAUGGAUAAGCAACUCCGGUGCCGCCAUUGUAAGCAAAACUUUGCUGCUAAAAACAUUCCACUUACCAUGAAUGUUGGACGAGGCCAUUCAAUUGUGGUUACACCUGCUACACAACCUGGAAAGAUUUCUACAACUGGACAGGUUUCACCAAGUACACAAAAUGGAAACAUUUCUAAAAUCGGAUGUAUGUCGCUUGUUCCUCUUUCAAAGAAUGACUUCAACUCCAACUCCAAGGACAGUCUUGAUUGCCAAAAAACACAGCUCCAGGAAGCUGAUAAACUGGGAAAUGGGACUGAAAGUGAUAACAGCAAGACAAGGAUGCCAUUAGCUAGUGAGGAGUCGGUCGAGCAGAUGUCAAAUUCAAAGCAAUUAGUUGGAAAAUUGGAGGCAGCCCACGAUGAGUUGUUUAAGCAAGGACUACGGAUGAUGAUGAAGGGUUUCUUCAUCCGGGCUUGUGUUGCUAAUGCAGAGGACCUGGGUGAUCUUUUGUUUUAUGGGAGAAUAAUUGUUCGAAAUUUUGAUGACCUUGGUAUCACUGAUCCUGGAUUGGGUGCCCUUCUUGAGAACUUGGAGAAACAGGCUGCUGAUGUUAUCUCCCAGCAGUCUUUAGCUUCCAACUGGACAUCUGCACAUGAAUUGUUUCUUAAUUUCAUGAAUGCAGCUGAAUGUGAGACUUCUGAAGCAAUGGCAUUGAAGGCAUCCAUUGAUGAAGAAGUGGGAACCUACACAAUGCAGGUGGAGGAAGCAGAAGCAUCACUGGCUGAGGCCAGGGAGAGGGAAGAGAUGGCUAAGAGAGCUAGGAUUAAAGCGGAAGAAGAUCUAGCCAGGAAGAAAGAGCAGCUAAUAAUGGGUGAACGGUCAAGGGAGAAGGCCAAACAUGCUUGUGAGGCGAAAGAAGAUGCAUUGGCCAAGGCAAAGGAGAAGGUGAACAAGGCUAAGGAGGAGCUUGAGGUGAGCAUGGAAGCACUCAAGGAGAAAGAUGCCAAGUGGAGAAGCCUUUGUGAACCUUUGCCUGGUGUAAUGGACUUUGCUCUCUAAUUCUAGGGAGGCUUGUUAAGCUCAUGCUUACAUUUCUUCUUAACUAAUAUUUUGAGCAUCUGUAUGGAGAUGUUUUUGAUCAGAUGGUUUACAAUAAUAAUCUUUGGGAUUAGCCUAA